AUGUUGACAUCUUCACUUUCCUCUGGUCAAAGCUUUCCCCGUUCUAUUUCUGGUACUGCUACAGUUCGGGUGAAAAGAAUUUUCAAAGGUUUCAAUAUUAUCGGUGGUAGGAAGAAAAUAGCCAUUUAUGGGUUAGGCAACGUACAGAUCUGCCGGAGUAUUCUGCAUGAACGAGAAACGAAGAUAAUCCUCUUAAAUGAGCUUAAUGGAUUGUUUUAUCUUAAUUCAUCAUUGGUUCCCAUUAAUCUAAAUAUUCUCGAUCAGCUCAAUGCUCAUUUUCAAGCAAAAUGUGAAGAAGUACGAUGUCCAUAUGGCGCUAAAUGUCGGCCAAAUAGCGGUAAAUGUGAAUGUCGUUCGUUUUGUAAUACAGCUGGACCAGCGGUAUGUGGUUCGGAUAAUGUGAGUUAUCUUAGUGAAUGUCAUCUUGCAGUGCGUUCGUGUUUUGCGCGUUCGGAAGAAAAAUCGGAAAUCCGAGUUAAACAAAUUGGUGCAUGUGAAAAGCGUAAUCCUUGCGAAGAUUUGCGAUGUGGACCUGGUGAGCAAUGUGUGAUAUCGGAGAAUGGAAACGGUUAUAUCUCAGCGCAUUGUGUCUGCCCAGAACAGUGUGAUAAUUUUGGUGACAGUGUUGAAUCAUCACCUGUUUGCUCUAAUGACGGAACCGAUUAUCCAUCUUUAUGUCAUCUCCGAGCACAUGCAUGUAAAACAAAGCAUAAUGAAAGUAUAAAAUACUAUGGUAAAUGCGAUCCUUGCAAAGAUUUCAUUUGCUCCGCAGGUACAAUAUGCAAGGUAACAACGGAUAGACGUAUUGAAUGUCGUUGUUCACAACAAUGUCCAUUGCAUUCUGAUCCUGUUUGUGCUACUGAUGGCAAUACGUAUGAAAAUGAAUGUUUAAUGUCGGUGUCAGCAUGUCGUCAUGAUAACGAACUUCUGAUUUAUCACAAAGGACGAUGUAAAGGUUUGUUCUUCUGCAGUUUUUCGUUCUCUUCAAGGAAUUAG